UUUGGCAUGCACCUUUCGCUUCGUUGGUUUCACUUUCGAGUUUCAGAUUCUUUUUGCCCUGGACGCAGCUUCCAAAAGUAUGCAUUUGGUGUAUAUGUAGCAAAUUUCAAAGACGCUGCAAAGAGCCUUGAAUUGAAAAAGUUCUUUGGAAUUGAGGGGGCUGCGUGCUUUUCUGAGCCCAUCCUGAAUGUCAAUCUGCGCAUGUUGCUGGACAGAACUAGCACAUUGGGUUCAAUCCGCUGAAGCAAAGGAUGCAGGAGUUUUGAAGAAGAAGUGGGGAGGCCAUGCUCAUGGACGCUUCGCUGCAAGGGUCAUCCCUACCACCCCCAAUGCAGCCUUUAUGAACACUUUGGAGGAGCUGACAGUUCACUGGUUGUAAGUUUUGUGUCACACAUGCAAUGCUGCCUCCAGUCAAAAAGGCGCUAGGUACUUGCAUUGGAGGUUGGCAGCUUUGAGCAGGGGGGUGAAUGUGGAUUCUACUUGCCUAUAAACACAAUGGCAGACUUACCUCAUGUCUACCGGCGGUCUCAAACCGCCCCAGCUCUAAGAGAAACUCUGCGGCCCCUCCUGGAGUCUGACCACCUCAACAGUAUCUCCGAGGAUGGAGAUGGCGUGGAGUCUCGCAGCGGGUCCAUGAAGAAGCGCUCGUUGGCCGUGAUUGAUUCACAGCGGUACCCUGCGCUGCGCUUGUUCCCCAAGUCUUUUGCCCUGGAUUUUGAUGGCCAUGGGAGUUGUUCGCCCCGCGAGUGGAACAUCAAGCGCAUUGCUGACUGGGACCAGGGCUUCUCAUGGCACCAUGUGGAGAUCCCCAGAAAUCUGGCCUCCCUAGGGGGGCCCCUACUGGAGGUCCUCAACCCCCUGAAACUGCACGACGUGCUUCCGCUGCUGUCCAGCGGCCCUUUCUGCGGCAUCCGCAACGGCACGCUCGUGUUCCGCAUCAACUCUGUGGGGCCCCUGAGCAGCAACUUCACUUCGAAGCUGGCCGCGCUCGUGACUCCAAGGUCUUUGGUCAGUCUGUCGAUGGGAGACCUGGCGCGUCUUCAGUUGGACCCCGCAGACGAGAAGUCGAUCCUGGCGAUGGCGAGUGCGGAGGAGCACCAACAAAUCGGGGCGCAGGGCAAGAUCCUGGACUUCCUGUUGCAGCUAAGCCAUCCGGAGGAUGUUGAAGACCAGCAGAUCCCGUCUUCGGUACCGGAGUUGGUCGCCCACAUCCUGCAGGCCUACCAGGACCACUUGCGCGACCUGGUAACCAACUUCGAGGUGGAGCUCGACUACCUGGACCAGGAGAUUGACUCAGACGACCGGGUCAAAGCGCAACUGCUGGAGAACCGGCGCUUUUCAAAGAUGGCGCUGGACUUGCAGCGAGUACUGCAGGUAACCACGUACGCUGACGAGAUCUUGCCUUCCAUCCAAGAAAAGCUGACGCUAGCUCACUCCGUCAGCGACAAGUGCGCAAGGCUCUUCGAGGGAUUGGCCAAGCGGGUCAAGAACAAGAAGACGCGCAUACAGAUCAGCAGCGCACGCAUCGACGCGCUGCAGAACUCGCUCAAGACGUGGCAAGCGGACCAGCUGAAUGAGAAGGUGUACUACCUGACCGUUGUGACCAUCAUCUUUUCGCCCCUCGCCGUGAUCACGGGCGCUUUCGGGAUGAACGUGUCCGGCGUGCUUUGGACGCCAAUCGAGGACGGUCCGGGCUUCCGGAACGUUAUGAUCAUGUGCGCAUGCAUCACGGUGUUUGUUUUGAGCGUCUUCUUCGUGCCGCCUAUAUGUUACUGGUUCCAGAAACGGCGGAAGCACAAGCGGGUGGUCGGCCGGUGGCAGAGUGCGUUUUCUCGGGUGGACGCGCAUAAGCGGCGGCCAAGCUCAAUACUGAAAGGAGCGUAAAGUGGUCAUCGUGUAUGUUGAUUAACUCUGCAGGUACAUAUGCACGCGUAGGACGUAGUUGAUGAACGUGAGAAGGUUGUACUUGUGCCAAAGUGGCUGCCGACGAGAGCUUAGGUCCCCGAUUGCGCACACAAAUCGAAUCUCAAACGCGAUUCAAUCCCUGUAGAUGUUGGACCAACAAGCUGUUUGUACAAUAAAGACGGCCCGGCCACGUUGCAUGGUGGCAGAUCUGUGUUUGUCAGUGUGAGCGCAAUGAUUCCCAAUGAUCUCAGC